AUGGCGGACAGGAACUACGUUACCGGCCUGAGCAGAGAUAUACUGGACGAUUACUGGGAACAAUUACUGAAAAGACAUGCAGACUUUUACGAACCGGAGGAGAUGAAAUUCUUUGUUCACUGUACAUCAAUGAAGAAGAAAGAGUCCAUUUUGAAAAUCGGCCGAUUAGAGGGUGGAUUUACAGGGCUUCCAAAGCAGGCUCCGCUUGCAAGUAACCCGGACCUCUCCGGAGUUUGGUUGGCGCUAUCAACAAUCCUUCCCAAUAAGUCACCCUAUGGAAAUCAUCAGUUGUGCAUAAAGGUGAAGGAUUUGAUAACUUACAUGUUUCAGUCAAACGAGGAAGUAACUCAAGUAAGAGAGGUCGACAGCGAUGACGUAUGGGAUGCAGAAAGCAGUGAGGACGACACGUACGCUGGGAAGGGCAAAAAAGGUAAAGGCGGGAAAAGGGGAAAGGAGCAGACGUCCAAAAAGAAACAGAAACAAAGGAAGCCGAAGAAAAAUCAGAAAGAAUGCUAUGCAACGGGACGCAAAAGUGCACCUCCACAAAAACAACGGGGAAAUAAACCGACGUUAUUUUUUGAAUGCGCCCAUUACUAUGGUAACACACAAUACGUCAGAAUGCUCCUUGUUCGCGCAGGUGAUCCACAGAUGGAUUGGUGUGUCGAAAACUUGAAAGAAAUCAAUAUUCAUGACAACCCAUUCUUUCAGCUACAGUGGGGCAGAUUAUACUCGUCGAUCGGCGAACAUGGCCGAAAGGAGCUGGUCGUAGAAAUUCUUAUAGUUGGGGAUAUUGUUCUAGAUAAACUUCCGGAAAAGAAGAAAUGUUGGAAAUACAGUAUCUUGCUCUACCAAAGCAGAGGCGGACCUUCUCCUAGCCCAAUUCAUCAGAUAGAGAAGAAGGUGGAAAUAAAGAAAGAUAAGACAAAGAAAGAGGUACGGGGUCAGGGAGUGACUUCCGAGGGGAGAAUAUCUGGGACAUUAUCACCGUCUGAUGAGGAGAGAAUAUCUGGGACAUUAUCACCGUCUGACGAGGAGAGAAUAUCUGGGACAUUAUCACCGUCUGACGAGGAGAGAAUAUUUGGGACAUUAUCACCGUCUGAUGAGGAGAGAAUAUCUAGGACAUUAUCACCGUCUGACGAGGAGAGAAUAUCUCGGACAUUAUCACCGUCUUACGAGGAGAGAAUAUUUGGGACAGUAUCACUGUCUGAUGAGGAGAGAAUAUUUGGGACAUUAUCACCGUCUGACCAGGAGAGAAUAUCUGGGACAUUAUCACCGUCUGCCGAGGAGAGAAUAUCUCGGACAUUAUCACCGUCUUACGAGGAGAGAAUAUUUGGGACAUUAUCACCGUCUGACGAGGAGAGAAUAUCUGGGACAUUAUCACCGUCUGAUGAGGAGGGAAUAUCUAGGACAUUAUCACCGUCUGAUGAGGAGAGAAUAUUUGGAACAUUAUCACCGUCUGACGAGGAGCGAAUAACUGGGACAUUAUCACCGUCUGACGAGGAGAGAAUAUCUCGGACCUUAUCACCGUCUGACGAGGAGAGAAUAUUUGGGACAUUACCACCGUCUGAUGAGGAGAGAAUAUUUGGGACAUUAUCACCGUCUGAUGAGGAGAGAAUAUUUGGGACAUUAUCACCGUCUGACGAGGAGAGAAUAUCUGGGACAUUAUCACCGUCUGACGAGGAGAGAAUAUUUGGGACAUUAUCACCGUCUGACGAGGAGAGAAUAUCUGGGACAUUAUCACCGUCUGACGAGGAGAGAAUAUUUGGGACAUUAUCACCGUCUGACGAGGAGAGAAUAUCUGGGACAUUAUCACCGUCUGACGAGGAGAGAAUAUUUGGGACAUUAUCACCGUCUGACGAGGAGAGAAUAUCUGGGACAUUAUCACCGUCUGACGAGGAGAGAAUAUUUGGGACAUUAUCACCGUCUGACGAGGAGAGAAUAUCUGGGACAUUAUCACCGUCUGACGAGGAGAGAAUAUUUGGGACAUUAUCACCGUCUGACGAGGAGAGAAUAUCUGGGACAUUAUCACCGUCUGACGAGGAGAGAAUAUUUGGGACAUUAUCACCGUCUGACGAGGAGAGAAUAUCUGGGACAUUAUCACCGUCUGACGAGGAGAGAAUAUUUGGGACAUUAUCACCGUCUGACGAGGAGAGAAUAUCUGGGACAUUAUCACCGUCUGACGAGGAGAGAAUAUUUGGGACAUUAUCACCGUCUGACGAGGAGAGAAUAUCUGGGACAUUAUCACCGUCUGACGAGGAGAGAAUAUUUGGGACAUUAUCACCGUCUGACGAGGAGAGAAUAUCUGGGACAUUAUCACCGUCUGACGAGGAGAGAAUAUUUGGGACAUUAUCACCGUCUGACGAGGAGAGAAUAUCUGGGACAUUAUCACCGUCUGACGAGGAGAGAAUAUUUGGGACAUUAUCACCGUCUGACGAGGAGAGAAUAUCUGGGACAUUAUCACCGUCUGACGAGGAGAGAAUAUUUGGGACAUUAUCACCGUCUGACGAGGAGAGAAUAUCUGGGACAUUAUCACCGUCUGACGAGGAGAGAAUAUUUGGGACAUUAUCACCGUCUGACGAGGAGAGAAUAUCUGGGACAUUAUCACCGUCUGACGAGGAGAGAAUAUUUGGGACAUUAUCACCGUCUGACGAGGAGAGAAUAUCUGGGACAUUAUCACCGUCUGACGAGGAGAGAAUAUUUGGGACAUUAUCACCGUCUGACGAGGAGAGAAUAUCUGGGACAUUAUCACCGUCUGACGAGGAGAGAAUAUUUGGGACAUUAUCACCGUCUGACGAGGAGAGAAUAUCUGGGACAUUAUCACCGUCUGACGAGGAGAGAAUAUUUGGGACAUUAUCACCGUCUGACGAGGAGAGAAUAUCUGGGACAUUAUCACCGUCUGACGAGGAGAGAAUAUUUGGGACAUUAUCACCGUCUGACGAGGAGAGAAUAUCUGGGACAUUAUCACCGUCUGACGAGGAGAGAAUAUUUGGGACAUUAUCACCGUCUGACGAGGAGAGAAUAUCUGGGACAUUAUCACCGUCUGACGAGGAGAGAAUAUUUGGGACAUUAUCACCGUCUGACGAGGAGAGAAUAUCUGGGACAUUAUCACCGUCUGACGAGGAGAGAAUAUUUGGGACAUUAUCACCGUCUGACGAGGAGAGAAUAUCUGGGACAUUAUCACCGUCUGACGAGGAGAGAAUAUUUGGGACAUUAUCACCGUCUGACGAGGAGAGAAUAUCUGGGACAUUAUCACCGUCUGACGAGGAGAGAAUAUUUGGGACAUUAUCACCGUCUGACGAGGAGAGAAUAUCUGGGACAUUAUCACCGUCUGACGAGGAGAGAAUAUUUGGGACAUUAUCACCGUCUGACGAGGAGAGAAUAUCUGGGACAUUAUCACCGUCUGACGAGGAGAGAAUAUUUGGGACAUUAUCACCGUCUGACGAGGAGAGAAUAUCUGGGACAUUAUCACCGUCUGACGAGGAGAGAAUAUUUGGGACAUUAUCACCGUCUGACGAGGAGAGAAUAUCUGGGACAUUAUCACCGUCUGACGAGGAGAGAAUAUUUGGGACAUUAUCACCGUCUGACGAGGAGAGAAUAUCUGGGACAUUAUCACCGUCUGACGAGGAGAGAAUAUUUGGGACAUUAUCACCGUCUGACGAGGAGAGAAUAUCUGGGACAUUAUCACCGUCUGACGAGGAGAGAAUAUUUGGGACAUUAUCACCGUCUGACGAGGAGAGAAUAUCUGGGACAUUAUCACCGUCUGACGAGGAGAGAAUAUUUGGGACAUUAUCACCGUCUGACGAGGAGAGAAUAUCUGGGACAUUAUCACCGUCUGACGAGGAGAGAAUAUUUGGGACAUUAUCACCGUCUGACGAGGAGAGAAUAUCUGGGACAUUAUCACCGUCUGACGAGGAGAGAAUAUUUGGGACAUUAUCACCGUCUGACGAGGAGAGAAUAUCUGGGACAUUAUCACCGUCUGACGAGGAGAGAAUAUUUGGGACAUUAUCACCGUCUGACGAGGAGAGAAUAUCUGGGACAUUAUCACCGUCUGACGAGGAGAGAAUCGCCGUCUGA